UUUGACAGUUGUGAGGUUCAACACCUUGGAGUAGCAAAGCUUUGCUUGAAACAGUGCACUUUGAACCUGUCUUAUGAAACCAGUUCUGUCAGGGAGAGUCACUGUGGCAAGUUAGAAAGCGAUUAACUGGAGUGGGCACCUGAUCAUAGCUGUCCUGUUUAUUCAUCUAGCCAGUGCGGCUUACUCCGGUUCUGCUAGCAAGCUGGAUUCCCGGAGCCCUUCACCAUGUCUGGCGGGUUAUAGAUACUCCAUGGAGCAACCCAACCUCUACGAGGUCGCCUCUCGACCCUCAAUGACCAGCCUUGCCCAGAGUCAGCAAAGCGCCUAUUGCUACAAAGACCCCUCCGUUCCCGGAUCUGGAGCAACAGACCUGGGGGAGAUCUGUGAGAACGAAAACUCUAUUGACAUCAGCGCCUACAUAGACCCUGCAGCCUUCAACGACGAGUUCCUGGCUGACCUUUUCCACAACAGCUCCAAGCAAGACAAGCUCAAGCUGGCGAACAGUGAGUACGACUCAUAUCCCCACGGGGUGAGCUCAGGCCCUGGGGCGCACCAGCACCACCAGCACCACCCGCACCAGCCGCAGGGCUAUGGCUGUAUGCCUGGCUACAUGGACUCUUCUAAACUCGAACCCAUUUUCGACAAUCAGUCCGCGAGAAUCAGACCUGUUGCAAUAAAGCAAGAGCCCCGAGAAGAGGAGGAGGACAUGACCCAUAACAUGCCCCCUACCUACCACCAGCACCACCCUCAGCACCUAUCUCAUCUCCAGUACCAGAUUGCGCACUGCGCGCAGACCACCAUGCAUCUUCAACCGGGACACCCGACGCCUCCACCAACACCCGUCCCGAGCCCGCACCACCGGGAAGGGAGCCUGUCCUCCGUUGGAUCUAUGAAGAUGAUGGGGCGAGACGACCGCGACCGGGGGAAAUCCAAAAAGCACGUCGACAAGAACAGCACGGAGUACCGUUUGAGGCGUGAGCGGAACAACGUCGCGGUGAGGAAGAGUAGGGACAAGGCGAAAAUGCGCAAUGUGGAGACGCAGCAGAAAGUGAUAGAGCUGGCGUCGGACAACGAGAGACUACGUAAGAGAGUGGAACAUCUCACCCGAGAACUGGACACAUUAAGGGGUAUCUUCAGACAGCUCCCCGAUGGAUCUUUCAAAGCUAUGUCUACCUGCCAGUGAAAACGGACAAGCGAUCACAGUGGACUUUUAAAAACUUGUACAAUGGUGUCUGUUCCUGGAUACACACAUAAACGCCACAGAUCAUGUGACCAAUUCUUCUGACUUUCUUAAGGAGAGGCCCGGGCAUCAGAGGUAUAAAUGUGCCUUUUGUACAAAACGAUAAGCUCAUUUCUCCACGUUUGAACAGUGGACAGACUUGUAGUUGUUUUGUGCCUUUAUUAUUAUUAUUAUUGUUGUUAUUAUUAUUAUUAUUAUUAUUAUUAUUAUAUAAUAUUGUGUGUUUAGCAAGGCAAAAAAACAAAACAAAUACAUUUAAAAAGACAUCAGUGCAGCUAAGAUAGUAGGGUAUGAUUUCCACAAUAAUCACUAGCCUGCUCGUUUUUUCAUGUUUUAACGUUACCAUCUAGAUAUAUUUGUUUUCCUGUUUUGCAAAACUAAAAAAGAAGAAAAAAAUGCGCAUUUACUUAUAGAGCUAUAUUAUACAACUGCAAAGUGCACACAGCUUUCCAAAUAUGUUUUUUUGUUUUGUUUUGAAAAGGCAAUAAUAUGUACACGGAUCAGAAUAUAAUGCCAAUUAUUAUCAUUCAGACUGAAAGAAUAGGCUAUAUCACAAGGUACAUAGUAAAACGUAUAUAGCUUUCUCCUGUCUGCUGUGAAAUCUUUCACGGGUUGGUAGGAAAUCAGUGGACUAAGUUUCAUGCCAAAGCAGAGGACUGGAAUUUCUUAUACUGUGGUACCUGCUUCACAAGCAGAUAGUUGUAUGCACUAUUGUAUGUCGUUAAAAUGCGACCAAAUGAAGCACAUUGUCUUUUGAAAAAAAUGACGUAUAGGUUCGGGUACUGAUCUCAACAUACAUCUCGGUGUAAAUACAACGCUUUAUUAACUAAAGGUACAGCUUUGUAUUUAUGUGUAAUUCAUACAAAUGUGAAAAGGGUUUCUCUAGCUAUGCAGUGUCUGUUGCCAGCCAUCGCCUUCUGUAUCAUUUCACACAAAGCAGAUCGUUUUGUCCCUCUUUCUCACUGGGUCUGCUGUAAAAAAAAAAAAAAAAAAAAA